AUGUCGGACUCGGAGGAUAUGACGGAGUUCGCCAGUAUCGUGGAGCGGAUCGAGCGGGGAGAGGUGCCCAUAAAGAACAUUGAGAGGGAGCUGAUUUGCCCCAUCUGUAAGGAGCUUUUCACUCACCCGGUCAUCCUGCCCUGUCAGCACAGUGUCUGCCACAAAUGUGUCCGUGAGCUGCUCAUGCUGAACCAUGACGACUCCUUUGAUGCCGGAUCUGAGUGUUCGUUACCUGGCAGCCCCAGAUCCAGGGUCCCCUCUCCUUCUAUGGAAAGACUGGACCGGCUUGUCAGAGCAGCCUCAGUGCGAACGUCGAUGGGCGGUCGAGGUAGACGUGGGCCUCGUGUUUUCAAUAGCUAUAGUAGCUCAGUGUCCUCCCCAGGGUGGAGGCGGGGCUCUGUCACCCCCAGGAUUACGGCCAUCCCUUGCCCUGGGUGCCAACACGACAUCGACUUGGGCGAGCGCGGCAUCAGCAUGUUGUUCCGGAACUUCACCCUGGAAAACAUAGUUGAGAGGUAUCGUCAGGCGGCCAGGGCGGCUGUGGCCAUCACGUGUAACGUAUGCAAACCGCCUCAGCUGCAGGAGGCCACGAAGAGCUGCAUGGACUGUAAGGCCAGCUUCUGUAACGAGUGUUUCAAACUGCACCACCCCUGGGGAACGCCCAAAGCCCAGCACGAAUAUGUGGGGCCAACGACCAACUUCAGACCCAAGGUGCUGAUGUGCCCAGAGCACGAGAUGGAGAAGGUGAACAUGUACUGUGAGGUGUGCAAACGCCCCGUCUGUCACUUGUGUAAACUCGGAGGCUCUCAUGCCAACCACAAAGUCACCUCCAUGAGCAGCGCUUACAAGAUCCUCAAGGAAAAGCUGGCGAAGAGUAUCCAUUACCUCAUCAGUAAAGAGGACCAGGUCCGAGCUCAGAUUACUGAUCUGGAGACUCUGAUCAAUCAGACUGAGGAGAAUGGUCAGUUGGCAGAGCGCACAGCCAAUGAGCACUUUGACCGUUUAUUUGAGACUCUGCAGGAAAGAAAGUCAGAGAUGCUCCGGUCAAUCGAACAGUCCCGCAGCCGCCGCCUUGACCAUCUCAAGGGACAGGUGGAUGAGUACCAGGGCAUGUUGGAGAACAGUGGUCUGGUGGGAUAUGCUCAAGAAGUGCUCAAGGAAACGGACCAGUCUUGUUUUGUACAGACUGCAAAGCAACUACACGUUAGAAUUCAAAAGGCCACAGAGUCUCUGCGCACCUUCCACCCAGCAGCUGAUCCGUGCUUUGAUGAGUUUGUGCUGGACACGUCACGAGAGGAGACGCUGCUCAAGGAGAUGUGCUUCGGUGGAGUUCCAGACCCUCCUCUGAUCGACCUGCCCAAUAGUCGAGUCUACAACGAAGCUUCCAUUCACUGGAGACUUUCUGAAGAUAGUUUACCCACAGAUCAUCAUGUACUUGAGUAUCGCAGACUUGGAGGUCAGAGUCCAUCUCCCUCUCAGGCGGAUGGGGAGGACAGUGGUCUGUGGAAGCCCACCGAGCGAGUUUAUGGUGCCAGUGCCCAGGUCUCAGACCUGGAGCCUGACAGCCUGUACUCCUUCAGGGUUCGCAGCUGCAGAAACUCAAUGUUCAGCCCCUACAGCCCAGAGGUCUCCUUCCACACCCCACCUGCACCAGCGUUUGGGUUCCUCUUUAAUGAUAAGUGUGGCUUCAGCACGGAGCGCCUGGUUCUGAACAAGAGGAGGGAUACUGUGGAGAGUGUGGCAGGAAUGGGCUUCCUCCUGGCUGCAGAUCGGGUCCAGACCGGCAGCUAUAUUGGACUGGACUACAUCAUUGGAGACACUGGCAUCUCUCAGGGAAGACACUUCUGGGCCUUUAAAGUGGAGCCGUAUUCCUUCAUGGUUAAAGUCGGUGUGGCAUCUGACUCAAAGCUACUGGAAUGGUUUCAUAAUCCUCGAGAUACCAGCAGUCCAAGGUACGAUCAUGACAGUGGACAUGACAGCGGCAGUGAGGACACCUGCUAUGAGUCGUCCCAGCCCUUCACUCUGCUCACUCUGGGAAUGGGCAAAAUCUUCAUACCCAAAGCCUCCUCUUCCUCUGCGAGCUCUGUGAAUGCUGUUGGGGACCAUGGCAGCCGGAUUCUGCCCAUGCCGCACCGCAUGGGGGUCUGCAUAGAUUAUGACACUUCCAGAGUUUACUUUUUUGAUGCCGACUCGAUGAGAUGUCUUUAUGAGCGGCAAGUAGACUGUUCUGUAUUAGGCAGAUUUACCUCUUUCUCCGCUGGUUUCUCUGUGGAGACACGGCAAAAGGAGUGCGCUGCGCUUCGGAUCAGCUUCCUGAUGGGUGAAUCCGGCCGGCGCUCCACGCUCGUGUCGCGGCUGCCCAUCUUCAGACGCAGCAGCAGUAAACGGCAGGACUCUCUCCCCUCGUCUCCGUCCUCUGGGGGUCUUGGGAAUGGAGUCCACACCUCCUCCCCCUCCAGCACCAACUCCAGCUCGGGCAGCACUGGCAAGCGACGCAGCCUCUUCCGCACCCCUUCCCUCGGCUUUUCAUCCAAAAAGAACUCUGACCCUCGAGAUCAGAACUUAAACCUCACCUCUGCUCCGUCCGUGGCAGCAGACACCAAUGGGAACAGCCAGAGCAAUGUCCCCACGUCGGUGUCCUCGUCAGGGUUCAGUGAGGGGGGUGGCAGGUCCAAAAACCGUCACUCGUUUGGGUUUGGCAGUCACAGGCAAAAGAAGAUCACACGCUCACAAACAGAAGAUUUUGACAAGGCUUCCUCCUCAUCCUCAUCAACAGGAAACCGAAAUGUAUUCAUCAAUUGCAUCAGUGGCUCUGGAGUGAACGAGGGCGACGACUCAGGCUUCAUGGACGACUACAGCGGCGCCAGUAACAACAACAAGCGCUCCUCACGUCAGAAGAAACAACUCCUGCCCAAGUCCUUCUCCUCUCACCAUCGCUUCUCCAGGACCACAGACCACCACCGACCCCCAGAGGUGACUCUGGAGGCCACCAACUCCAUCACUCUCACCCCAGGGUCCUGGCCUGGGGAGCUGACGUGUGCCGGUGGGGAGAGCUCGCUUCAGUCGCCCAUAAUUUCAGAAGACCGAACCACAGCUAUCACCCCUUCAGAGUUCCACCCGAUCACGGAGGAUUCUGUGUCUGAUUCUGUGGAUGCUCUGCCUACACCAAGCCCCGUGCCAGCACUGCCCCCCACACCUGAACCCAUCUCUGGGCCAGACGCCAAUGAUCCUGCCCCUGACCCUCCACCUGCUCCAGAGAACAAUAAUACAGCCACCUCCAUCUCUCAAGUUUUCUUUAGUCCUGUCCAAUCAAGCGCUGAGAAGCCUUUACCUGCAGACACCAGCACGGCCAACAACACUGACUAUGAGACGGCUGUGUCUCUGUCUGAGCCGGAGACCGCAGUUCUCUGUCUGCCUCUGAAAGAACAGACACCGGAGGAAAGAAGAGAAAGGGAGGAGGAGAGGAAGGAGGCGAGGGAGGAGGUCUCAGUGGAGGAGCAGAAAGAAGUGAGAGGCAAGAGAGUGGCUUACAACACGGAGACCAGUGACAGUGAUCUGUGUGUGGUCCGGAGUGAAGGAUCCGUCCCGGAGCGGAGGACUAGGACCACGCGAUCGUUUCAGGAGCCCAGAGGAAGCUUCUGUGGCUGCCACGAAACCAGGCAGGCCCACCUCAGGAAGCCUCAUGCAGGUUCUGUGUGCAGCAGCGUGAGCCCAUUCCAUGGCGUGAUGAGGCUGGAGAGACGGCUGCGCUCGUCCUCUGAAGGUGCGGGGGGGCCUCAUAUCCAGGGAAACGUACGGGACAUCAAUGGCCUGGAUGGAUGUGGGCUGGUCAAACACAGGCACAACUCCUCCUCAUCCAAACUGGGGAGUCUGGACGUUCUCAACAACCUUGGCUCGUCAGAGCUUGACGAGGAUGAUUUGAUGUUGGACUUGGAGCUGUCGGAUGAUCAGAGGCAUCGACAUGUAUCCCGGGAAAACUCCAGUCAGUCGUUGGCCUCGUGCCUGAACCUGCUGCACUCGCCCCUGGAUCCGUCUGGAGAGCGCAUCUUGGGCAGGGAGCACAGCCACAGGGAAUCCAGCCGACCCACCAGCCUGCUGCCCGCUGUGGGGAGAGAAGAUGAGCCUCUAGCCCCAGGGAUGGAGACUCUGCAACUGAGACUGAUGCAGCAGGACUGCACUGCUGUCAAAACGCUGCUGCUACGACUCAAGCGAACGCUACAGGAGAGCACAGAGAACAGUCCUGCCAGCAGUCUCCAGUCUCUUCCAAUCAGCCCCUGUAGUGAGAAGUCCCUUCCCUUUAAGGAUCCCAGCAGAGAGGAGGCCUUAUUGCAGCAGUUGAAGGAGAAGGACGAGCUGAUUCUAAAACUCCAGGCUGAAUUGGAGAGUGCCAGAUCUGCCCUGAAGAUGAAAGACAGCCAAAUGAGCGACCGAACAACGCAGACAGAACACGCAGGGCCAGAGGGCGUCAAGGCGCAUGGGAGUGCCAUUAUGUCGUCAAGGAGACAGCUGAGUGAGUGUCUGUUCUGCUCUCACCUGAACGUGACGUGUUAG